GGCUAAAACAUGCAGACACGCUUCGAGGCGUGCACACACAUGGCUACGUAAGCCCUGAGACGCGCCUGCGAACAGCGCGCAAGCUGUACGCCAUCGAUGCGGCUCAGCACAAUAGCACUACUGCUGCUGGCACAGGCUGCCACAGCCACACCGGUCGACGACGUCGACGCGAUGCUUCGCACCUACGUAAGGCAGCACUCGUCAACGUCGCUGGCAGACAUCAACACGUGCGACAGGCGUUUCGUGGCCGCGGACUUCUGGGGCAAGGGACUGGGCAACUCCGUGAACGUCGCCUUAAACGCGCUGGCGUUCGCCGUCGCAAGUAACCGCACGCUACUCAUCUCGGACGACGCGCGCUUCCGGGCGGGCUUCUGGAAGUAUCUUGGGGAUGUCGAACGGCGGUGGGCGCUGAAGAGCCAAAUACGAAGGUGCGGGCCGGAGGUCGUGCAGGAUUUCUUCCCCAUGAACCGGCGGUGCCUCGAGGAGAAGACGUGCGGUAGUGGUAUAAAGUGGAUGCUCUGCGACGGCCGCGCGCUGUCGCACAGCGACGCGCACAUCGUACACAUCCGGUCGGCGGUCACGUGGUUGGCGCCUUUGUUAGGUGAGAAUAGCGCCUUGGAUCCGUAUAUACGCCGGCGCCUUCGUAUACUCUUUCCAAAGGGCGUGAACACCUGGGGCAAGCUCUACGCUACUUUACUGGACCCGCAGCCCGAGGACGCGCCGACCGGUGCAUAAAUCAAAUUGUCGUGGCAUCGUGGCCCGCACGCCAUCGACGCGUGGUGGCAACACUGUUUGAUUUGCCCACAGGCGCCGACGCAUCCCCUCCAUGAUCUAGUAAGGGAGCACUCGGCGCAAGACUUCGACCUCGGCUUGCACGUGCGACACCGGCGGUCCCAGCCCCUGGACUUCGUGGACCGGCACGCGGCUAACUGUGCUGCUAAAGCUCUAUCGGGCGUCGCGGAUCCAGUAAUCUUCGUGGCCACGGACCGGCCGUCGCGGCUCCGCGGGCUCUUUACGAAAGUGGAGGAGGCGCUCGGGCGGCGCUGCUCAUUUAAAUUCCUGAACGCGUCGCAACUUUCGCCCGACGUGCGCCUCCGGCUCCAUAGUAUCGCGCGGACGGACGAGCGCGCGGUGCAGAUGGGCCGCGACUGGGGCGAGCACGCGCACGAGCGCUGGGCGGCGGCCGCGGACUUUCUGUUGGUGUCUCGUAGUAGGCGCGUCGUGGGGACGCUGAGCUCGUCCUAUUCCGAGCUCGCGGCGGCGGCGCGCGGCCCGUCGGAGGCGUGGCUCUUCGACCCGAUCUUCCAGCUGAAGGGGCGGAGGCGCGCGCGCUACAACUGGCCGCGGAGCGACGAGUACCUCGGUCAGGUUUCUUCCUGCUUCCGAUCCGACGCGACCUGGCCGCUGCCGCAAUAUGUGCGGCUGCGGCCGGGGCAUGCGCGGGCGUGGGUGCGCGGCGGCGGGGCUUGCGGAGUGUAGUUGUGCGGAGUAAUGUGUUCGUGAUAGA